UAAAUUAAUGUUUUUAAUCAGUUGUAUAAAACAACGCAGUUACAUCAUUCUUAAGUUUAUUGUGUAAAAACAAACCAAAUAGUUGGUUAACAGCAUAAAUUACUUCAAAAGCUUCACUUUAUUAUUGAUAAAGCACAAUAUGAUAAAACAAUGAUAAUUUCAUAUUUGUUCGUGUUUAUAUUAAUUAUUAUCGGAUCAAUCAAUGUAUUCGGACGAAAUGUUCAGCGACAAGUCGAUAAUCUUGAGAGAAGGUAUGAGAACGACUACGUAUCCAUUAAGGAAGACAUAAGAGACGUAUGGACUAACAUUAAUAAAUUGGAAACAGUAUGCAGUGCAAAAGCAAAGAACGUCUCUCCGACAAUCGCAUCCAAACAUGUUCACUAUAAAAGCAGCAUUAACGAACAACGAUCAUUUGAUUUUCUUUCACGGAUUCUUCAGGGACUGUUUGACGAGAAAGAAUUUGUAAGAAAAAGUUUGCAAAACGUAACUGAACUAAUAUCCGAAACACAUAAUACUUGUAUGAACAAAAUAUCUGAGAAAAUAAAAUUGAUGGAUAAUAUUGAGUCACGGACUAGCCGCUGUGAACUUGACAUAAACGAGAUGCAGAGAAAACACGAUGUCGUCUUACAGACGGUAGAACGGAUGAAGGCUAAAAUGGAAUCAGAAGUUACUGAUCUACGACUUGUGAUUAAUCAAGCUUUGGAAGAGGUGAUGCAAAACAGUUUAAAUAAAGCAACAUCAUGUAUGGAUAUGGUUAAAGCCGGUGUAACAUCGAGUGGGGUUUACACGUUGCACUACAGGAUGCAGCCAUUUGUAGUGUAUUGUCUUAUAAGUAAAGCCGGUGGAUAUACGUUCAUAUCACCGGAUACAUACAUGAAUGUCGACAUCAAAACAUUGUCUAACGACAACACCCAUGUUGUUAUUCGUCAUAGACGAACAAAUGGGCUCCAGUAUGAAUCGCGUAUCGAGCAAAUUACAAGGUAUAUGUCUCGUCCACUGUCAGUGCAAUAUAAUUCCCACGUAGGAUAUACCCGAGUUGUCAAUGAUAAGAUGGGUCCAUACAUAUAUGUUGGUCUAAAUCCCCUGAAGCUUGAAAAUGGGCGGAGUCAGUUAAAGGACAGACAGGGAUACAAAUCAAAUGGAAAGGAAUUUACUUUUGUCAAUUGUGACGGGAAUCCAAAUGGAUAUUUCGCUUUCCUAUUCAAUCAUAAUAAAGCUUCUUCAGUAAGGACGGGUGAAUCUUCGGCUAUUUCUAGAAAAUGGAUCGAAUCAUCUACCAGAGUUACCGGCGAAAUUUUACCAGACAAGUUUAUGUCAUUCUUUGAGCUGCAUUUUGGCGGUUGUGGAGCGUUUGCUGGAACAAACCACAUUAAUGAAGUGACAGGAGCAGCGGUCGGAAUCCCCUUUCACUUCAUUUAGAAAAAAUCGUGAAUCUAAAUAUAUUUACUUUACCUUUGCUACAGUGGAAGGCCUGGUCGAGAAGUUAAGUGGGCUUAAACUCGUACAAAAUUGUGGCAUGGUCUUCAUUAUUUUGUUCUUUGUCUAUAUAAAGUGUGAAAACACCAUUUUUCUCUUACCAGCAGUUCAAACUCCAUUUCAAAUAUGUGCUUCCGUUGCAGAUUAGAAAUUGCAUAAGUGUGGAAGUCCUUCUUUACAAGCUUUAGCCCGAGGAAAAUGACCCCCAGAUUUCUGCGUGGCAUUGUCUUUAUUUGGACCGACGAUUUGUUCUUUGUCUAUAUAAAGUGUAAAAUGUUUUGUAAAAAACACCAUUUUUGUUACCAACCGCUCAAAAGCCAUUUACUUGAUUGCGUUGCAGAUUCGAAAUUGCAUUAGUUUGCAUUAUCUUCUUUAAAGUAAUAAUUAUAAGGCACAAAGCUCUAGCCCAAGGAAUAUGGCCUCGACAUUGCCGCGUAGCAUGUUGUUUUUUUGUUUUUUU